CGAGACCAGACCCCGUCCGUCCGAUAAAACCCUAACCUCCUCCGCCUUCACUGGCCUCUAGUCAUCAUCCUAUAAUCCGCGAAUCACACCGCACGCACACCAACAACCAGAGCGCGCCGCAGGAACACUCGACGACAUGGCCGUCGCCUCCGCCUGGGCCAAGCCCGGCUCAUGGGCCCUCGCCGCCGAGGAGCAGGACGACCUCCCCCCGCCGCCGCCCCCCGUCCCAGCCUCCGACUUCCCCGAUCUAGCCACCGCCGCCACCACCAAGGUCCCCAAGAAGAAGAAGGUCCAGCCAGUCUCCCUCGCCUCGUUCAACAGCGCCAAGUUCGUCCCCUCCUCCUCCCGCGGGCCCACCCCUGACAUGCUGCUAAGCCUCCCCACAGGCCCCCGCGAGCGCACUGAGGAGGAGCUCGGCGGGGCACGCUGGGGCAACGUGUCUCGCGGCUCCGACGAGCCGCGACGUGGCGGAUCUGGCACGGAGGACUACGGCCCGUCGCGCGCCGACGAGGCGGGUGAUUGGGGUGUCAAGAAGCCGAUGGAGAGGAGGGAGCGGAUGGGUGGGUUUGGCGGUGAUUCGUUUUCGUCGCGUGCUGAUGACGUCAACGACUGGGUGUCCACCAAGAAGACGGCGCCCUCUCUGCCCAUGGAGAGGAGGGAGCGUAGCAGCGCGUUUGGUAGCGAGUCGCAGGGACGCGCUGACGAUUCCGCGAGCUGGGUCUCCAACAAGAGCUACUCUGCUCCGCCACCCGCACCUUCGGAUGGCCGAAGGGGUGGGUCAGUUUGGGGUUUCAAUAGGGAUGGUUGUUCAGAUGCUGAUUCUUGGGCAAGGAAGAGAGAGGAGGUAAGCAGUGGUGGUGGUGGUAGCAGUGCCCGUCCGCGUCUUGUUUUGCAGAAGCGAACUUUACCGGUUGCCGUUGUAACUGGUGGCGAGGAGGAUGAAGGUGUAGAGGAAGAGAAAGGAGAGUUGCAGCCCAAAAGCUGGUCUUGCAACCCAUUUGGGGCUGCACGCCCACGUGAGGAAGUGCUUGCCGCAAAGGUGGAGAACUUGACGAAGGAGGUGUAUAAACAGGAGGAGGAGCUAGUGAUUCAACCAAAAGUUAGAUCUUGGAAUCCGUUUGGGGCAGCCCGCCCACGGGAGGAAGUGCUUGCUGGGAAGGGGGAAGAUUGGAGGAAGAUUGAUGAGAAGCUUGAGGCCCUGAAGGUGCGUGAGGCACCACCUGAGGUUAAAUCCUCUGGGAGGAGGGGUUCCCCAGUCCAAGGCGAGGAGAACGAGAACGGGGAAGUGCUGGAGAGGAGUACUGACAGCGCUUGGAAGAAACCUACUGCAGUUUAGGCUGAAGUACUAUCUAAACAAGGAUCAGAGGCUACAGGAGUUGCACCUGCAAAUUAAUGUAUGGCCUUACAUGUUGUGAAGACGCCUCGCAAUAGUCUACUUAAUAUAUUAACUAGCCUUAUUAUUUUUGUUACUCGCGUGUGGCAACAGUUGUAACAAGAGUAGCCUUUAUAUGCUUCUUGUCACAUGGUAUUGAGAAUUUUGAUAUGGAAAUUGUGUUUUUGGAA